AUGACUGAAAUGGAUAUUGAUACUGGCGAUGACCUCCUCACAAAGGUCGCGCUGGAUGCGUCCAUGAUUGCCAUCACCGAAUUUCCUAUCCCCAGACUGCCUCCUUCCAGAGCGCCUGUGCGACCACCGUCCCCCCGUCUGAUUCCCCCGAUACCCUCGUCCGAGCCGACCGAACUAGCCGUCGACUCGGUGCCUUCUUCGCAAGAAACCAACAAGGAGAACUCCUCCCCCACAGCCGCGAGGCCAUCUGCCCCGGCGCCUCCGUCCACAGCGUCCCCGCCGGCGCCCGAAGCCCGAGCUGAGCCGCCAGCAACGCCCGACACGCUUCCCAAACCAGUCCAGGAUAUGCUUGAUGAGAUCACUUCGGUGUUGAAAGAGAACUUCACCGAAAACCCACCUCAUACGAUUCAGCGCCUAUCUGAGCUUGUGCUUCGCCCACGACAGCACUACAAGAGUGUAAUAGCAUGGCUCCACGCGCUUGAUCGUGUGGUUCAUGUCACCAGCGGCGCAAAUAUUUACCCCUUACCUGCGGCGAUACCAGACAUGAGCGGCAUGGGUAUGUCCGUUAACGGGAGCGCUGGAGCAACCUCGGGCGUAGCAAGUACGGUUGGCACGGACGAAGCGUUGGGAGGCGCACUGUUAACACCUAUUCCGUGGUUAACCAGCAGAGUGAACGGUGGGCCUGGCAGCGACACCGGGAGCGAAACUGGUGGCUCGUCUCCUCUGUCCGCUAGUGGUAUCACAGGAGGACCAGGGGCUGAUCCCUCUCAACACCUGCAGCUUCAACAGCGCCAGUUACAACAGCGACAAGCACACCAACUCGAUGGCAGGGUGCGCACAGAGAGUACCGAGACGAUCGAAGGGCCCAAUGGAAUGGGAAGAAUCGAGACGGUGUCCAUUUCAGUCAAUGGUAUUCCCUCUACAGGCGCCGGUGGUGUGGGUGCAGUUCUCGCCCAGAGGGGCGUCACACAGGGCGAGCUCUUGAGGCAGGAGCAGCGCGCCGGCGUGGUCCCCAUCAGCCAAUUAGCAAGACAGCAGCAAGCACAACAGCAAGCGCAGGCUCAAGCACAGGCUCAGGCGCAAGCCCAAGCCAACGGCUCGCCUGACGAGGAUUCAGCCAUGAGCUCAGACCCUGAGGAUGAAGAAGAGAUUCCCCACGCCAGGGGUCCGGAGGAGAUAGGGGCGGAGGAUACUGGCCCCUUACCAGCUGGCACUGGGCAAUUUACUGUGGGGACAGCGGCCCUCGCUAUCGGAGAAUCCAGAGGCAUCAACGUCGAGGCUGCCGUGGGACGGCCACCCGACCAAACAGGCCUGCCGGGAUCGAAGGCUAGUGAUAGUAACAAGGAGGAAGCUGUUGUUCCCCAGAGCCCAAAGAGAGAAGCAACCGAUGAGUUGGAAGGCGGUGGAGCUGUUAAGAAAGUCAAGGAGGACAAGGAGGAGGGGGACAAGGAGGAGGGGGACAAGGAGGAGGGGGACAAGAAAGACGAAGAGGAAGUCAAGAAGGAUGCGGAGGGAGACUUGGUUCUACCAGACUCUGCCCCUCCGGCUUCUGAGACUGAAGAUGUUGGGGAUGAAAAGAAGAAUACGGCUGGGAGGCAAGUGGGCGAUAGUGCGGAGAGUUCGAGUUCCCCCAAGACGGAAAAAGGGGACGAGGAGAAGAAUACCCAGGAUAGUGGAGGUGAUAUCAGCAGUGCCUAG